AUUCGCUAGCUGCCGAUCGAGCUAGCUAGAUCUCUCUCCGUAGCUCGCCGGAAAUCAUAUAACUUCGUUAAAACUUUAUUAAUUCUAUCUGUUCCCGUGGUUUCGCAAAUGGCGCGGGUGGAAGAGCCACGGCGGCGGCAUGGUGGUGGUGAUGACGGCGACGAUAAGGGGACGGUGGUGAUCGAGCUGGGGAGCUUCGCGUUGGAGACGGCCGCCGAGUACUGCGGCCGGCAGAGGCCUGCCGGCGACGACGAUCACAGCUCCCAAUUGUCGGCCAGGGAGAUGGAAGCCCUCACGGCUCUCUGCGACACCUUCUUGCCCUCCAUCACGAUGACGCCGGCGAAGACCGUCGAUCCCUCCGUCGCCGCGUUCUACCAAACGUCGGCUUCCAUGGCCGGGACUCCUCAACGGAUAGGAAGGAUAAUAAGUGAGAGAUUGGAGCACCCAAAGGUCUGGCUGAUAAGACUUGCCUUCUGGCUGCUUUCAACAUGGAUUGGGACCUUCCUCUUCUGCGGGAGGAAGAGCAUCUGUGGUCGAUUCCCAUUCUUCCUCAGUUUCCCUCAAAUCCCUCUGCAGGGAAGGGAACAGAUCCUCCUCAACUGGUCUCAAAGCUACUUCUUCCUCCUCAGGAUGCUCUUCAAGACUUUGAAACUCAUCAUCCCACUUGUUUUCUUCUCCCAGGUAGAUGAGAAGAAUGAGAACCCGGCAUGGAAAGCAAUUGGCUAUCCUGGACCAGACCCAGCUGCUGCUGAUGAUCAUCAUCAUUCCACCACUAAAGAAGACAUCUAUGGACCACUCUGCAAAGGUCUCAUUCACAUGAACCUUCCAAAGAGCAUAGUUGCAGACUGCCUACACAGAUCAAGAUUUCCAGCCACCAUCUGUCGCGCUACGGGAACAUUCAACAUCAAAUGUGAUGCCGUAGUAGUUGGCUCUGGCUCGGGAGGUGGUGUGAUUGCUGGUGUACUAGCAAAAGCCGGGUACAAAGUGCUUGUCCUGGAGAAAGGAAGCUACUUAGCCAGAAGCAACCUCUCACUCUUGGAAGGCCCUUCCAUGGACCAAAUGUACCUCUCGGGAGGUCUCAUGGCCACCGACGAUAUGAGCUUCGUGGUCCUCGCGGGCUCCACAGUGGGAGGUGGCUCCACAAUCAACUGGUCCGCUUCGCUCGAAACCCCGCAGAAUGUGACCAAAGAGUGGAGCGAUGACCAUCAAUUAGAGCUUUUUGAGAGCAAGAUGUAUAGAGAAGCAAUCCAGGUUGUUUGCGAGAGGAUGGGGGUUCAGUCCCAAAUCCAUGGAGGGGAAGGACUCAACAAUGCUGUGCUUAGAAAAGGGUGCCAGAAAUUGGGGUAUCCGGUGCACGACAUUCCGAGGAAUUCCGACCCAAAUCACUACUGCGGCUGGUGCAACUUUGGGUGCAAGAAUGGGCAGAAGAAGGGAACUUCGGAGACAUGGCUAGUAGACUUGGUGGAUUCAGGGAAUGGCGUGAUUCUCCCAGGCUGCAAUGCAGUCCAAGUCCUGCACGAAAGGAAGAAAGGAAAAUCAUCAACAAAUCGAGAAAAGGCAACUGGGGUCGUAUUCGAAUUCGAAUCAUACGGUGGAGGAUCGAGGACGAAAAUUACCUGCAGGGUUGAAUCCAAAGUCACAAUAGUCGCUUGCGGAGCUCUCAGCACUCCGCCAUUGCUGCAGAGAAGCGGCCUGAAGAAUCCCCACAUCGGGAAGAAUCUCCACCUCCACCCAGUCACAAUGGCGUGGGGAUACUUCCCAGAAGAAGAAGAACUGAAGCAGAAGAGCUACGAAGGAGGAAUAAUAACAGCAAUGUCACGGGUUAUUGCCGACGAAUCAACGGACGGGUCCUAUGGGGCAAUUAUUCAAACACCUUCUCUGCAUCCAGGAAUGUUCUCAGGUCUAAUGCCGUGGGUCUCCGGAUCCGACAUGAAACGGAGGAUGACAAGGUUUUCGCGAACUGCCCACGUAUUUACCUUGGUGAGGGAUAAGGGAUCCGGAACCGUCGGAGAUUCUCACAGCAGAAUCAGCUACAGGGUGGGAGAUUCCGACGAGAGGAAUCUGCAGAAGGGGGUGGAGAAGAUGCUAAGGAUUCUGGCGGCGGCCGGAGCGGAAGAGAUCGGGACGCAUAAUUUGGGCGGGAAGAGCAUAAACGCGAAGAAAGCGAGCCGCGAUGAGUUCGAGAGGUUUGUGAAGGAGGAGAGCCGGCGGCCGGUGAGAGGACUGGCGACGCAGCUGUGCUCGGCGCACCAGAUGGGGAGCUGCCGGAUGGGGGCGGAUCCGGCGGCGUCGGCGGUGAAGGAGACGGGGGAAACGUGGGAAGUCGAAGGGCUUUACGUGGCGGAUUCCAGCGUGUUCCCGACGGCGCUUGGGGUGAAUCCCAUGGUCACCGUUCAGGCGAUCGCUUAUUGCACGGCUCAGUCGGUUCUUGAGCACCUCAAGCGGAAGAAAUUUUGUUGA